GAGGGGGUGCGGCCAAACCCUCACUCAGACACAGCGCAAACUGAAGCUUCAGCUGAGGUUACGAGCUCUCGUGACUUCCCCUGCUUCAUUCCGGAUCCCUGAGCUGCCUCUCUCAUUCCGGAAUGACCAAUCUGUGAAACGCCAGGACAAGAACGAGGGGCUUCCCAACCAAGAGAGGGAUCAGUCGGCAGCUUGACCAUCGUCCUGAGGUCUACACUGCGUCUGCUCCAAAGCAGCUGGAGCUGCAAUGAGCCAGCAGGUCUCCCCCGAGCAUCACGAGAGCUCUUUCCAAGGGGCAGCUUUGCCCCAUUUUGUGAAGAGUGUCUCCUCGCUCCUGCUCAUGCUCCGGAUCAGUGUCCGGCCUGGACUCCGGGAUCUGGAGGAUAAGGAUGUGGCCAGGUUUAAGGAGGAGUUGGAGAUUGCUGAGAGAGAGGCGGAGCAAGCAGCGACAGCAGCUGAGGGUCUGGGCGAUGUGAUUGAUGGUCACUGUGAGAAACUGACCAUGGAGUAUGGCCAGGUGAGUGGAGAGAGGAAGAGGCUGGCCACUAGCCUGCAGGAGAGCCAGAGCAAGCUGCGUUCCCUGGAGAUGGACAGGGAGCUGAUCCAGGGCCGCCUACAAACUGCCAAGACCUCCCUGAGACAAGCCGAGGACACACUGAGGUCAGCAAGAGCCAAGGCUGGAGAGAAACAAACUGGCCGAGAUGUUGGCAUCGGACUGAGCUUCCUGCUGCCCUGUGUGGGUAUCCCGAUGGCUGUGGCCUUUGAGAAGGAACGGCAGUUGCGGAAGUCAGAGGUGGACAUAGCCUCUGAUGACCGGUCAUCACUGAAAUCCAGCAUCAGUCAGGAUGAGGAGCAGCUGAAGCAGAUCAACAGCCAGGUGCCUGAGCUCUACAGCGACAUCAAUGGAGUGACAGAGCGACUGGAGGAGAGUAAGGCAGCCGAGCUGACCCUGAAGGAGAGCCGGGUGCAACUUGCCAAGCUCCAGGCCAGGAUGAGGACCUGCUGCCAGUACCUGUCCACCUUCCAGGGGAAAGUCAACGCUCUGAAGACGCAGAGUCAGCACAUGUACAACAUGAGGCCGUUACUGCCUUUCCUGGAGGAAGCUGCUGUCCAAGCCCAGCAAGUACCAGACAACGAACAACUCUUCAACCACAUCCAGGUCCACAAGGUGGUUGGGGAUCUGAAAACAUUGAUCCCCAAAGUAAAGGAUCUCCUUCUGUCCCAGGACAGCGCUGAUGACUACAUGAAGUAACAAGUCCAUUCCAGACCUUCGGCUCGAGCUCCAUGUUAAUCUGCAGUCUCGCUUUCACUUUCCAAACCAUUUGCAGGCCACACAAACCAUGGGGGCUGGGGGUUUAAAGGGGAUGUUUAUAAAGCCACAGCCAAGUCACUUAGUUAGUGCCCUCACUUGGGCAAAUCGUGCUGUUUAAUAAUCACAUUGUUGAAUGACUAAUUCUUCAUCAUUGAGGCAUUGGGGGACCUCAAACAUUCCAAACAUCCUUUCACUGUCUCAUACUGUAUAUCCCCAUCCUUCAGUCUGUAUAUCCCCAUCCUUCCAUCUCCACUCACUGACUGCCUAUCCCUUUGUGUCCAGCUGUUAGCUUUGGGACUGUCCUGAAUAAAAAGCAGCUCUCUGUCUCUUAUGGGCACACCCUCCUGACUCAGUCUGUGCUGUCUGUAAAGGCAGCUGUCCUCCUGUCAAUCAGGGCCAGUGCCAGGUUACUGAUUGUUUUAAACAUUGCAAUAAAUAAUGUUAUUGUGAUUAAUUGUU